GAGAUUUGAAGUUGGACUACCAGCUGACAGAGACAGACAAGAGACAUGAGGAGAGAUAGUGAUGAGCAGUAAGGAGACUUUACUUCUCUGAGGCCCUCGGGCUCCGAGCGGACUAGAACUGAGCUAAGAGGACUUACAACUUCCGAAAGUGAGAGGAAAAUAGUCAUGAGAAAUUUUACAAAUUUUUAAAAAUUCUGUUAGAAUUAUAAGCACUGUUAGUAUUUUAAUUUGUUUUCCUGCAAUCUCACCAAAGAGAUUGAUGGCUGCUACUCAGGCUACGCUCCCUUCCUUUAGCUCAUUCUCCGGUCUUCCUCACUCCACUGACAACAUGAAAGUGUGGAAGUCCAGUGAUGGCGCUCUCCCUCUGGACUCUCCGAUCAGCAAACUUUCACCAGACAGCUCUGAGCAGGUCCAGGUCAGCCAGCAGAUGACGGAGGAGCUCCUGGAUGAUGACAGCCAGACAUCGGUGGAUCUUGAGUUUUUGCUGUCUGAGUGGAGCACAAAUUCUCCCGAUUUCAAUCCUACUUUAGACUGUCAACAACUGGCACAACCUGACCCACACCUGAUGUACCAAGAGGUGGGCAUGUUCAAGGAGCAGACAGGGCUGGGGAGUGUGCAGAUGGGCAACAGUGGGGUCAUGGCUGAGCUCAUGUCUCCUGCUGAAACCACAUCAGCGCAGCCGGAGAUCUACCACCAUGACUACACCAGCAACCAGCCGGGUCGACGCGGAUUCCCUAACGUGCAGAAUAUCAAUCAGUUUGACAUCCCACCAGGAGGCAGUGGAGACAGACACAGCAGAGGAAGUCACACUAAGUUCACUUCCUGGGACUUUAACCACUACUACACCCAGCAGCAUAUACCACUGUGCACCAUGCCAGACAGCAGGUUCAUCCAGCCACAGGUCAUGACCCCCAGCCCUCGACCUUACAGCUACGUGCCUCAUUUCAGUCUCAACUCCAGCUUUCUUGGUGACUACUCCCACCCCCACGGCCAGGCAACGGUGCAUUUGACCAAUCACCAGCAGCCCAUGGUGAGCAGACCACAUUUGCCCCCUGGUGGAGUGGAAGAGAAGCGUGGGAGGAGGCCCACUGUGAAAAAAAGACCUGCCAUCCACAGCUGUGAGUACUCUGGCUGCACCAAGACCUACACCAAGAGCUCGCACCUCAAGGCCCACCUCCGGACCCACACAGGAGAGAAGCCUUACAGCUGUCCAUGGGAAGGCUGCAGCUGGAAGUUCGCCCGCUCCGAUGAACUGACGCGUCACUACCGGAAGCACACGGGUCAGAAACCGUAUGAGUGCAUGCUGUGUCACAGGGCCUUCUCCCGCUCGGACCACCUAGCCCUUCACAUGAAGAGGCAUGUCUGACCACUCAAAACCUCACAUCGAGGUCUUCACUCAGUUUACUGAUAACGACUGUUUAAACAGCCAUUCUCAGGUAAUUACUUCCUGAAAAAGCAGUACUUUUCAUAUAACAUAUGUUUCUGUUGUGUUUGCUUCGUGCCACACAUGUUCUCACUUUAAGGACCUUCAACAGCUCUCCUGUUUCUAAGACUGAACAGCAACUCUACAUGUUAGACCGACAUCAUUUGUCCUAAAUGAAAAGGAAAUGAAAAGACAAAACAAAAAGCAAAGCAGGAUUUGUUUAUUAGCCACUUAUAAAAAGUGAACUUGGAACUUUUAAACCCUGCAAAAUUUAAAUGAGGACAAAUGGAAGCUUGUUAAACCACCACUUCAUAUACUAUACACAUGUAGAUAGCUAAACACUAACAGACCACCAGGAAAAAGAAGACAAAGUAAACAUUGAGAAAAAGAGUUGAUAUCUUCUGAAGUCUGUCAGUUGUAUUAUGCAAAAGCACCAUAAACUGCUGUUGGUUGUCUUAAUGAAUCAAAGGUUGAGAAUCAAAUAAUUUUCUGCUUUUUUCCUUCCCAUUUUAAAAAUGUAAAUAUUUGAUACUUUCAUCUCCUUAUUAUCAACUAGAAAUGCAUAUAAUAUUUAUAUUUAUGAUCUUUUAUAUCAACAGAAGGUACUAUGUUAUUAGAAAAUGUUAUCUUUAUUAUCAGAGGCUUUAAAGUUGUACACACAUUGUUGCCAUAAAUCAAGAAAUAAAGGCUCAUAAUGUUACAUUUCAGAGUAUGCUGAAUUAUUAUUGGUUGUUGAUCCUAUGAAAGCAGAAAAUUAUUGACUAUGACUCUAGUAAAAGGAAUUUUGAGAAGAAAAACUUAAAAAAAAUAUAUAAAAAGAAAAACAACAAAUUGAAGUAUCAGCUGCUUCCUGUAGGUGGCAGUCUUCUCCUGCCAGGAUAGUGACUGGUAGCUGAGUCUACCGUGUUUCUAAUCUGGGCGAGGGUGAGGUGAGGAUGACAAUCUGUUUAUAUAACUGAGUCCCCGCUGAUUCAUCCUGAUUAUGUCAUGGUGGGAAUCAACAGGAUGUUGUGAAGCGCGCUCUGUGCCAGUGUCACAAAAUCUGGCACAUACCGCACACAUACAGAGAGGAAUGACUGAUGAAGUGGCUAUUUAUCCAAAUUUGCAGAACCCGCAUACAGUUGUACAGAGCUUUAAUCUGUGCAAAAGGAGGACUGGCUUUAUGCGAAAAAAAAAAAAAAAAUUAGCACACCUGGAGAUGUGCAAAAGCUUUAUAUUGUAACGCAGUAAUAUUUUAUUACACUGAAAAUGUUAGAAAAAAAAAACAUUUUUACUUCUCAAUGUGUUUUUUCCGUGUUCAGAAGAUGAAUGUACUCAAAUUGAAAGUAAUAUUUUUCUGAAUAUUUGAGAAUAAGAGUAAUCAAAGAGUAAUUUUAUUUUAUUUUUUUAAAUGUCAUCAAGCAAAAAAUAAUCGUAAAUGUUUGUCAAGUAGCUGGAGAGAGUGAAGACUGGGCUGCUGCCUCUUCUUCCUCUGACGGACGGACAGACAGAUGGAUCAGUGUUGCAUGUAUCACUCUGUCAUCUUUCUAAAAUAAUGGCCUAUGUUAUUUAUUUUUUGCCAAAAGUGUUUUUUCUUGUUUGCCUAAAACAUCUUUUGGAAGAAACAGGUGGUGAUUUUUACUGCAAAAAAUUACUUUUGUCAAAACUGACUAGGCUUUUAAUUUAGGAAGGUGACGAUAUAACUUUUUCCCUUAAAGAUCCUCCAUAUACGUUAAAUAUCAACAGUCUACCUGGUGUUUAUUUAGACCUAGUCAGGGACUGCACAACCAAGCUAGACAAACACUACAAGUCUUCAAAAAAAGAAUAUUUAAUUCAUAAAAAUGUCAAAUAUGUUUUAGAUAUCAAAACAAUGUUCAACGUAGUUCAACAAAGAAGACAUGAAGACUCUUAAAUAGUGGCUGAUCAGACUCAGACACUGUAGACACAAAAACACAGUCAAAAGCAACGUGCAAAAUAAACAUGAGGCAAUCCAGACUUCUCAAAAAUGCUAUGUAGUUGCAUUUUAUUCAAGCUGCAAUAUAGAACUUUAAUAAAAAAAAAAUGUUUUUUCCAUAUUUGUUAAAGCUGUCACCAUGUCGUGACAGUUUCUUAUGAGACGAUGAUCUGUGAAAACAAUCAAUCUCCUCCACUUCCUCCUUGAUUUUUCCACAAAGGCGUUAUGGGUCAUUAAAACAUUCUUGGAAUCUGGAGGAAUUUUGUUGUUAAAGGUCAAGCUUAAACAGGAUAAUCAGGAUCUAUGAUCCCUUUCUUGGCUCAGCAUAAAGAACAACCAUUCAUCGAUGUGUGAUAAAAUGGGGGAACGAUGACUGUGGAGAACCUUAAACAAUACUUUAAAAAGUACACUAACAAACAUCAUGUUGUACCAGCUUCCCUGGGGUUGGACUGAUUUUGGUGUAAGAAAAUAGAUAAUAGGAAAAUAGAUGUAAUGGGAAGAACACUAAUUUUCUCUCUGGAUCUCACAGUGCAGCAUCCCUGAUUGUUUUCACUGCAGCAAUACAGUACUAUGCACCUCAUGGCAACGCUCCAGUGAUUCAAAAUGAGAAACAUCUUUACAUUCUCACUGUUUCUUAAGGACAAAUUGAAAGCGUUUGUUCUCCCUGUUCAAGUCUAAGUCUGUUUGUUUAGCAUUGUGUAACCUCGCAAAAUUUGAGUCGCCCGCUUGGGGAUUAGAGUAAUAAAGCUGCUACAGACACAGGCUGAGUGCGAGGGGAUUGUGAGCUGAUUUGAACUGCAGUGAAUGUGGGCAGAGUCAAACAAGGUCACUGCACCGUCGAGCUUCAAGGAUCUAAUGAAACUUCACCUGCAGGAUGCGCCUGGCUCAUGUGUAUUCAUGGUGUGUUUAUAUAGCUGUCGCAGCACUUUGGCUGAGUGAGAUUGUUCUGAAAAGUGACCUCACGGUCCUCAACCAUUUUUAUUUGGAUAGUUUUGAGACAAUUCUUUUAGCACAAACUUUCUAAGUUUCACCAAACAUGGAGGGACAGCAAUGAACUGAGUUAUAUUUAUAGUUUAUUAUAAAAUAUAUUUUCUUUUUGUUGCAACAUGGAUUCACCCUUUAUGCCACACCCGUCUGGUGUUUUAAUUGUCCAAAGGCCCUUGAGUUUACAAACUCUCUGUUUACAAUUUUGUUGGGAAGACAGAAGUGUUUUUUCCUGGCAUUUCUUCCAAACAAACAUUCAAAAGUGUUUUUAUGUUAAAUCUGUGUCAACUCAAGAUGCUAUGCCUUCGUAGAGGUCUGCAACAUUCUACAGGGUCUAUUCUUUCCUUACCAUGAAUAAAUGGUUAUGAGAAACAAAAGACCAGGUUUAGUGAGGAUGAGAAAUGUUAGAUUUAAAAUGUUCAUGUUGUGCUCUCAAGAUGAAUAUGGGUGAAGUUUAUUUUUUUAAGUUAUUGUUUUGAUUUUCAACAAAUUUAAGUGAGUUGCUGUUUUGCUUUACCCAUUUACAUAUUUAUAAGGAGCAGCUUGAACAACAUGUCCUUUUGUCUUUCCCAUUUUGAAUAUUGGCAAAGGGAAAUGGGACUCUAUGUCACAUCUUAUUUAUACCCCAGAUAAAUGGGUUGUCCAAGAUUAGUCAUUUGAAGGUCCAGAAUAUUAUUCAGUUAAAAAAAAUUGAAAGGAAUAUAAGGAAUGCUUUGUCUCACUGGUUUUAUAGGAAUUGAUAGAUGCUCUUGUAAUUGUGCAAAAAGAAUAAAAAUCUAAAUACUUCUCAAA